AUGGCGGGACAGCUGCGAUACCCGGGCAAAGUGGUGAUUGUGACCGGUGGCACCUCUGGCAUUGGUCUGGCCACCGUGAGAGAAUUUGUUCGCCAAGGAGCCAAUGUGGUCUUCUGUUCAAAACCAUCUGAAGCGGAAGUGGGACAAACAAUUCAGAGAGAGCUUCAGGGUUCUGGGUGCCCGGGGGACGCUUGCUUCGAAGUCUGUGAUGUCCGUGAGGAGACAGACAUUAAGAGGCUGAUUGGAGCAACCAUAGAACGUUAUGGAUGUCUCGACUGCCUGGUGAACAACGUUGGAUCUGGUUAUGCUGAGAAGACGGAUGAUAUCUCUGCCCAGAAGUUCCGCGACCUGAUGGAACUCAAUGUUGUGAGCGUUUUGUUAGCAUCAAAGCAUGCACUGCCCUACUUACGGGAAACAAAAGGAAAUAUCGUCAACCUUGGCUGUAUGAGUGGUGUGCUUGGGGCGAAGGAUGCUGUAUCGUACUCCACAAGCAAGGGUGCAGUUAUUGCAAUGACCAAAACUCUGGCCAUAGAUGAGAUCAAAUAUGGAGUACGAGUCAACUGCGUCUCGCCCGGUUUUGUCCAGACUCCGAUGUAUGAAAACUAUGCAUGUCAGUUCCCGAAUCCAGAGGUCAAAAUGGAGGAAGACAAACAUUGUGAGGCAAGUGUUGAGAGCAAGACAGAGGAGGCUAGGUCGGAAAGGAGCCCACGCAGAGCAAGGCAACUAGGUUCAUCUCUUCUCUUUGCUAUCCAGUUUGUUGGUUCCAAAAAGAAAGUUCCACUGUUAAGCUCUUCAGCGUCCUAUCACGCCCUCCAACCCAACUUAGCCCAGGAUUAA